AUGGAGAUCACUAACGAACUGUUGAGUAAGAUCCUAAGCGGAGAUUCGUCAUGCAAAGUUGCAAUACUUGACUGGCACAUCGAAGACAACAUCGCUCCAGGAAACAAUCACUCAUCGAUGCUAUCCCGCCUGAUAGUCGAAUACCAAAGAAAAGGUAAAAUAUUCAAAAAAUCGUUUAUACUAAAAAUACCAUCGACUCAUCCCGCAUAUAGUUACGGAGUCAGAUUCAAAAUGUACGAGAAAGAAUACCCUAUGUACACCGAAGUGCUUGAAGAAAUGUAUAAAAUCGAUGGCGAACACAUUGGCCCCAGACUGUACUACACCGAUGAUAAAUACUCGUUGAUGAUGAAAGAUCUCUCUUUAUCCGGAUACAAAACAACAGACCGCACCAAACAGCUGGAUUUCCAUCACUGUUGCUUGGUUUUGAAAAAAUUGGCCAAGUUUCAUGGUUUAUCAGUAAAGCUGAAUCAGAACUCGAAAUUAAGUUCCACCAUUAAACGAAUGCUAUGUUUCGAUAUAGAACCGGAUGAACGAGAUAGAAAAAUGACAAAACGUGUUUGCGAACAAGUGGCGAAAACCAUAAGCCCAAAAUCAACUCUGCAUAAAAAAAUCCUCCAAAUCAAAGACGAUUUAGGCGACAGAUUCCGUCAAGAAAUAACCUCAGAUCGAUUCACAUUCAGAGUUUUGAAUCAUGGCGACUUGUGGUUGGGAAACACGUUAUUCAAAUACAAAGGUCAGUCAACAAAUAAGUUUCCCUCGUUCAGAAAAUUAGGAAAGGAAAUACCUAGGAACUUGAAAUUUGCAGGGAAUCUUGAUACAACCUUUGAGCAUCACCCUGCAAAAUUUUAUUCGGAUCCGUUCAGUUGUUCGUUUAUAAUGAGAGUUUGA